AUGACUAUUCCAAAUCUAUUGAUUUUACCAUUUCCAGUCCAAGGACAUGUGAACCCCAUGAUGAACCUCUCACAAAAGAUGGUUGAACAUGGAUGCAAAAUCACUUUUGUGAACUCAGACUUCACCCAGAAGAAGGUGAUGAGUUCAGUGACCAAGCAAGAAAGCCUUGAAGAAUCACCAACAAUAAAGCUGGUCUCAAUCCCUGAUGGUUUAGGACCUGAUGAUGACAGAAGGGAUUUGGGUAAGCUAUGUGAUACUGUGCUAAGCACCAUGCCUUCCAUGCUAGAGAAGCUCAUUGAAGAUAUUCAUGUGAAUGGUGGUGACAAAAUCACUUGCAUAGUUGCUGAUGUCACAAUGGGAUGGGCAUUGCAAGUUGGGAGGAAGCUGGGAAUCAAAGGAGUUCUCUGCUGGACAGCAUCAGCAACUAUGUUUGCCUUGGAAUACAACAUCCCUAAGCUCAUUCAACAUGCCAUCAUAGAUUUUCAUGGAGUUCCAAUGAAAAAAGGGAAAUUUCAAAUAUCACCAAGCAUGCCUUCAAUGGAUACAGAAGCCAUUUGGUGGUCAAACAUCCAUAAUCCCACAACAGAGAAGAAAAUAUUCAAUUAUUUGGUGCACUGUUUGCAGAAUUUAAAUCUGGCUAAGUGGUUCAUUUGCAACACCACAUAUGAACUUGAACCUAGUGCAGUAUCUUGUGUUCCAAAGCUCCUACCAGUUGGUCCAUUGUUGAGAAGUUAUGACAAUGCAAAUGAAAUUGCAAGGUCAUUGGGACAGUUCUGGGAAGAAGAUCACUCUUGCAUAGAUUGGCUAAAUCAACAACCCCAUGGUUCAGUUUUAUAUGUUGCCUUUGGUAGUUUAACUCUUUUUGACCAAAUCCAAUUCAAUGAACUGGCUCUUGGACUUGACCUCACCAAUCGACCUUUUCUUUGGGUUGUAAGACAAGACAAUAAGAUGUCAUACCCUCCUGAAUUCUUGGGGAGUAAAGGUAAGAUUGUUGGUUGGACCCCUCAACUGAAGGUGCUAAACCACCCUUCCAUAGCUUAUUUUGUUAGCCAUUGUGGUUGGAAUUCUAUCAUAGAAGGUUUGUCUAAUGGGGUGCCCUUCUUGUGCUGGCCUUAUUUUACUGACCAAUUUUAUAACAGAAGUUAUAUUUGUGACGAGCUGAAGGUUGGACUGGGAUUGAACAAGGAUGAAAAGGGACUUGUGUCACGCUGGGAGAUUAAGAAAAAAUUGGACCAAUUGAUAAGUGAUGAACAAAUAAGAGCAAGAAGUCUACAACUUAAAGAGACAGUCUUGAACAGCAUUGCAGAAGGGGGUGGAUCUUCAGAGAAUAUCAGUACAUUUUUUAACUGGCUGAAAUCAUGA